AGAAGAGGAACACAAUGUCAAAAUUGAGGAAAAAGUUCAUUUAAAGACUGAUGGUAUUUUAAAAGUGAGAGACAAGAGUUGUUUUACCUGCACACGGUGUGCCAAGAGUUUCAGCCAUUCAUCACACCUUACUAAACACAUGAUGAUCCACACUGGAGAAAAACCAUUCACAUGCCCUCAGUGUGGGAAGAGUUUCAGCCAAUCAUCAUACCUUACUAAACACAUGAUGAUCCACACUGGAGAAAAACCAUUCACAUGCCCUCAGUGUGGGAAGAGAUUCAGCAAAUCAUCAUCGCUUUAUAGACACAUGAAUAUCCACACCGGAGAAAAACCAUUCACUUGCACUCAGUGUGGGAAGAGUUUCAGCCAAUCAUCAAUCCUUAAUCAACACAUGAAUAUCCACACUGGAGGGAAACCAUUCACAUGCACUCAGUGUGGGAAGAGUUUCAACCAAUCAUCAAACCUUAAUCACCACAUGAGGAUCCACACUGGCGAGAAACCAUUCACAUGCCCUCAGUGUGGGAAGAGUUUCAUCAAAUCAUCAUCGCUUUAUAGACACAUGAAUAUCCACACCGGAGAAAAACCAUUCACAUGCCCUCAGUGUGGAAAGAGUUUCAACCAAUCAUCAUACCUUAAUAAACACAUGAGGAUCCACACUGGAGAGAAACCAUUCACAUGCCCUCAGUGUGGGAAGAGUUUCAACCAAUCAUCAAACCUUAAUCACCACAUGAUGAUCCACACUGGAGAGAAACCAUUCACAUGCCCUCAGUGUGGGAAGAGUUUCAGCCAAUCAUCAUCGCUUUACAGACACAUGGAGAUCCACACCGGAGAAAAACCAUUCGCAUGCCCUCAGUGUGGAAAGAGUUUCAACCAAUCAUCAUACCUUAAUAAACACAUUAGGAUCCACACUAGAGAGAGAUCAUUCACAUGCACUCAGUGUGGGAAGAGUUUCAUCCACUCAUCCCACCUUAAUAGACACAUGAAGAUCCACACUGGUGUGAGAGAGUAUAUGUGCUUGGAGUGUGAGAAGACUUUUAUUACAGCUGCAGAAUUUAAACGGCACCAGAGGAUUCACAUUGGAGAAAAACCGUACUAGUGUUCACUCAGCAGUAAGAGGUUUACUCACUCAGGAACCUUGAAAACACAUAAGUGGAUUAACACUGGAGAGAAACUGUAGACAUGAUCAGUGUUUACAGAGUUUCACUCAUUCGGGGCAGCUUAAGAAAGACAUGGGAUGGUUUCUGGUAUGGCGUCGACACGUGUAGCAGCAUAGAAAGAGCGCUCCCAUACACACUGGUAUUAAUCCUCCUUUUUACAUUAUAUAUGAUAACCUAAACCAUAUUUAAAUAACAUGGAGGGGGACAAAAACAAAAAGGCUCGGACAAAACAACCAUUAAAACUUGAAAAAAACGAGAUCUCAACAGAAGCAAGUUAGAGAAUUGGAGGAGAACAUUGCUGAGAUGAAAGAAAUGCUCGAUCAAUCCAUCCAAAUUCAGAAAACUUACAAGAGAAACCGUUAGAUCGAGAAACACGCUCCCGUAGAAAUAAUAUUCAGAUCUUUGGAACCCCGGAAGGAAGUGAAUGGAAUAAUAUCCAAGACUUGGUGGAAACGAUUUUCAUCACUUGACAAAUUGGACCUUAAAAUCCAACGUGUCACCGGGCACUCGGACCAAAACCACCCACUGACGCCACCCUAGAUCAGUGGUGGUAUUCUUCCUGGAAUACAAAAUGUAGGACCUGGUCCUCUGCUCUGCAUGAAGAAAGUAAUACACUGGAAUGAAAAAAGAAUUUUCUUUGACCAAGACUACCCACCUGAGAUCCAACAGAAAAGAUGGGCGUUCGCUCCGAUAAGAAAAAUUCUGAAAGAAAAGAGGAUUAAGUUCCAAACACCACCGCCGGCGAAACUUAGAAUCUUUCUGGAAAACAGGCCCGUCAUGUACAAUUCGAUGACGGAGGCAUCAAGAGAUCUGAAAGAAUAAGGACUGAUAAACAGCAAAGAAGAAACUAUUAUAGGAAUCUCUGAGAAAGUGAAACAAAGACCUUGGCAAAAGGUUGGAGUGACAUCGAAGAAAAGUAAGGAAAAAAAUUUCAAAGGGACAACACUAGCUCCGUUUGAAAGAAGGGUAAAACCUGACAGAUCCUAACAAAGAACUCUGAGAGCCUGGUAAAACUUCUUGACUUGAUCCACCGAUGAUGGACAUUUAAAUCAUUUGAAGGAAGAAUAGUAUUUAACCGAACUGACCAACGACACAAGAUGAACGAUUGAAGCACACCAAGACUCAUUGAGUAUUUGAGUAACAUACUGGUAGGAAGACAAAGGGAUUCUAAUUUAUACACUUAAAAUCUCUUGCUAUAAUUAGAAAGUAGAAAAAUUUAACUUGAAAACCUUGUCAGAAAUACAAGAAUAUAAUAUUGCCAGAUAUGGGGUUUGUUAAAGGAAGGAUCAGAAAAGACUACUGAUGGACUAUGUCAGAACAUGGAUCAGUGCAUCAUGGAUCAGUUUCUUCCCCCAUUUCACAAGUGUAAGUACGUGCGAUUAAAAUUGUUGCCUCGUUUACUCUAGCUUGCAUUUAGUUGUGUUUUGUUACUUGUAACCGCGUGUGCUGUAUCAGGUUCUCUUUGUAUUCUCAUAUCACGUGUAAAGCCACGUUGAAAACGUGACGCAUGCCGAUUUGUUUACUGAUCGUCAGCUGUUCCUACACACGUGCAAAGGUCAAGUUUCAAAAUAGUUCACCUCAGGUUCGAGGUGAGGUGUCUAAAUUGCACCCAGCAAGCUGAACUGGAGCUUAAGGCGAAUGGUGAUCACACCGGCCUCAACCCGAAAGUGCAUUCUCUGUUUUUGAAUGUUUUGGUGUUGUGUUCUCUGAGGAGAAGUGUAAUGUGUGUGUGUGUGUGUUGUGUCCUCCGAGGAGGAGGGUUGUGUGUGUGUGUGUGUGUGUGUGUGUGUGUGUGUGAAAAGAGCAGGUAGAGUGUGACGGGCUAGGAGAUCUCCUCCCCAGUUCUUGGAGUUUUUGCUCAAUAAAAUAGUUAGUCGUCAGUAUUUUCAAGUCCAUCGUCUGUGUUUACAUUCACCCACUGAAAGCCAAAAUUGACGCCUUACACUAUGAAGCGUGUAUGCACUGUGACUACUUUUAUAUUGUUGAUUAGAUGCUGGACAUUUCUUUCUGUCUCGCGCUGAAGGCUGUCACUGUCGACCAAUCGCAGCAGGCUGACAUCGGUCCAAUCAGCGCAGAUUAGCUUCACGCUAAGGAGGGGUUUUGGAACAAAUGAAUCGCUGAACGAAUCAUAUGGGAGUCGCUGGGAUAAUUAGGUAAAAAUAAAUGCAGAUUAUAAGACCAUGAAAGUGUUUUUUGACCUUGCAUGCAUAUUAGACUGUUGUUGGAGACCCUUACAACCAAAAUAUGACCCUAUUUCAUUCGAUUUAAGGUUUUCUUUUCCUCAUAUAAUAAUGGUUGUAAAUGAGGAGUAAUGACAUUAAUCUCAAAUAAAAUCAACUUCAAACUAAUUUCUAAGAUUACUGAAGUAGAAUGACGAUAUAACCUAAUUAAAGGAACUAUCUACCAAGACGAAGUUACAUUAGUCAAUAUAAAUAGACCACCUGAAAAAGACAAAGCAUUUCUCAAAAAAUAUUUACUAUUAUAGCCAAGGAGGCGUCAGGUACGUUGAUCUGUGGGGGAGACUGGAAUGUACAACUUCAGCCUGAAUUGGACUCAUCUUCUAAUAAGCAAAUCAGUCAAGAAACUAGACAAAUAAGAUAUAUGAUGAAAGAAUUAGGCUUAAUAGAUGUAUGGAGAGACAUAUACC